UAUCUCGGUAGUAUGAACAUUGUUCACAGAGAUUUAGCAGCGAGAAAUAUCCUAGUAGCGAACGAAGACCGAGUGAAAAUCAGCGACUUCGGUCUUGCGCAAGUGAUAGCUGCGAGUGAUUAUUAUGUAUUUAAAACCCUUCGUAAUAUUCCAAUUAAAUGGUAUGCACCAGAGAGCUUGAGGCAUAACAAAUUUUCAACGCGUUCGGACGUGUGGUCAUUCGGUGUGACAAUGUACGAGGUUUUUAGCUAUGGCGUCGAUCCACAACUGUCAGUGAGAGUGGCUGAGAAAGAAAUUUUAAUGACGACUAUAACAGACCUAUUAAACGCGUUGGAACGUGGCCACCGUCUUCCUUGUCCAGACAACUGUCCACAGGAAAUCCACAGAAAAUUAAUGUUAUCAUGCUGGCAAUUGAAUAGUCAUGAAAGACCGAUCUUUGCUACUCUACGCGAAGAUAUCGAGCAACUACUUUGUAAUUAUUAGAAUACUUUGUGAUUCUACGCAAAUAUUUUAAAAAUGUGACGUAUCCCACUCGUGAUUCUUACA